GCCUUAACACGAGCGGGAGUUUACUCCCCCAUCUCAUUCUCCGGUGGAAGAUCAAACCCAAAACCUAAACCCAACCCUACCCCGCACCCUCCUCUUCUUCUUCCUCUUCCUCCCAUAUUUUCUAGGGUUUCGCCCGAGAUCCGUUCCUAGGGUUCCCCGCGAGUGCAUGGCAGUGAGCCUCCUGCAGUCUCAUGAGGUGUCGGACCUCUGCAUCGGGAAGCCGCCGCUGAGAUCGCUCCCGCCGAGCGCCGCCGUGGGAGAGGCGCUCGCCGCGCUGAAGAGAGGCGGCGACGCGUUCCUCGGCGUCUGGGCCUCGCCGGAGCGCGGGGCCUUCGCCGGGAAGGUGUGCAUGGUGGAUGUCCUCUGCUUCCUCUGCGCCGAGGAUAACAUCGCCUCCCCCGCCGCCGCCCUCGACAAGCCCGUCUCCGCCCUCAUCCCUAAGGGCCCCGCCCUCGUCCGCCGCGUCGAGCCCCAUUCCAGCUUAUUGGAAUCUCUGGACGCGAUCUUGGACGGGGCGCAGAGCCUCGUCGUUCCUAUCCGCUCCGCCUCCGCCGCCGCGAGGAAGAAGCCCUCCGCCGCCGCCUCGCCGGAGUUUUGCUGGCUGACCCCUGAGGACUUCGUGCGCUUCUUCCUCAGCUCCAUCGCGCUCUUCUCCCCGGCCGCGGCGCUCUCCGUGUCCGCGCUCGGCGUCGUGCGCCCCGCGUCCCUCGCCGUGCGCCACUACGACCCCGCCCUCUCCGCCGUCCCCCUCCUCCGCGCCGCCCUCGCCGAGCAAACCUCCGUCGCCGUGCUCGCCGACGACGGGCGCCGCCUCAUCGGCGAGAUCUCCCCCUCCACCCUCGUCCACUGCGCCGACGAGUCCGCCGCCGCCGCCCUCGCCGUCCUCUCCGCCGGCGACCUCAUGUCCUUCCUCGACUGCUUCGGCGCCCCGCCCGAGUCCACCCUCCGCGCCGUCAAAUACCGCCUCGCCGACGCCGGCCUCCUCGGCAUGCUCGACCUCCUCGACCCCGACGUCCCCCCUCCCUUCUCCUCCUCCUCCUCCUCCUCCGCCUCCUCCGCCUCGUCCUCCUCCGACGAUGACGAUGAACCCUCUCCGCCCCCGACGAAGCCGAGACGGGCGAGGUCGAUGGGCAGCUACUCGGCCAGGAUGGGCCGGCGAUCGGAGGAGGCGAUCGUGUGCCACCCGCGGAGCUCGCUCGUGGCGGUGAUGAUCCAGGCGCUGGCGCACCGCGUGAGCUACGUGUGGGUCGUCGACGACGACGACGACUACGCCCUCGUCGGCAUCGUCCGCUUCGCCGACAUGCUUAGAGUCUUCCGGGGGCAGAUUCAGCACCAGCCCUUGCCCGAAGGCGAGUAGCAGCAGCAGCACUAGUCGUAAUAGCUAUUGUUAGAUCGUAGACGCGGCUUCUGAGAGUUAAAACGCUCUCGUUUGAGAUUUUAAGAAAGUUUUUGUGUAUAAUCGUGUUUUUACCGUAUGUUUAUUUCUUUCUUUUAUUUAUAUAUAUAUAUAUAUAUAUAUAUAUAUAUAUAUAUGUAGCGAAUGUGUGGAACUGGUCAUUGUUUUUGAGAUCUUUUAUUGUAGUUGCUGCUGGUGUUCUUUUUUUUUUAUUCCUUUUAUUUCGUUGCGUGUAUAAGUAUUUGUCAUCGGUGAUCGUAAUGUAAGGUUCGUGUUCAUGUGCAUUAUCAAGUA